AUGUGGCAAUUAGGCAUCUUGAUGGACGAGCUCUCAAAUAGCAAGCUAGUAAUUCAAGGUUUUAACCAAGGUAGCCAAAGAGCAAUAGGCAUGAUGACGGUUAGAACUCAUAAUUGGCGACCUAAAGGCCAGUGCAUUGUUUCAUGUCAUAGACUCAAGGACUACUUACAAGUUGUUACUAGGGCGUCCUUGGAUUCAUGGAAACGGAGUAGUAACUUCAACACUGCAUCAAGACCACAUGAAAGUGCGAGAACCUUUAACUCUGGAAAGGGUGAAGCAUACACUAGCAGCACAAAGGGUAUGAUCUUGAAGGAUGAAAAUGCUGCAAACACACAACUAAACCAGGUUUUGCGUUAUGUCCCUCUGUCAAGGCGCAAGAAAGGCGAAUCACCAUUCAUGGAGUCUCCAAAAGGUUUGAAAGUUGGUGACAUCGAAAUCAUAAAAGAAAGCUUCACUACACCACUAACUAAGAUAGCGAAGCAAGAGGUAAAGGUAGAUCUGGUGGAAGCAAACUUGCCCCAAAGGCGAACGAAAGACGGAUUCGACCCCAAGGCUUACAAAUUGAUGGCGAAAGCAGGUUAUGACUUCACAGCUCACACCGAGUUUAAAAGCUUGGAAAUUCAUGACCGACCUGAGCUCUCCUCAACUCAAAAGAAGCUUCUACGGGAAGGACAUUCUAUACCCGUGUCGAGAAAAGGACUCGGAUACAAGUCGCCAGAACCGAUCCGUAUAACUAAAAAGGGGAAGGAAAAAGUGGUUGACAUCAAUCAUAUAACUAUAGAGGAGGAUGACAAUACUGACGUAAAAGAAGGUGAUAAUCAGAGAAUCUCAGUAUUUGAUCGAAUUAGACCAUCUGUUGCACGUCCCGUAGUAUUUGAAAGGCUAAGCAUGACAGAGGCAGAAAGAGAAAGGCUCCAGUCAGUACCAAGCCUUGAGAGACAUUCGGUCUUUCGAAGGCUAACUACGACUCCCAUAAAGGAAGAAAGCACAUGCCAUGCCUUGACAACUACAAGACCAUCAGCCUUUGAAAGGCUAGGUGUGUCUAAAAAGAAAAAUGUACAAGCACCCCGUGCUCCGAUUUUUAAUCAUCUCGGGGAUAAAGGAUCACACGACAACAUUGAUUCCAACAUAGAUACAAAGAAGAAGGAACCAAUGUCUCGUGUGAAAGUUUGGCGUCGAAUUAAGCAUACAGAUGUCGAUAAUUAUCGUAGUAAGAAGUUUCCUUGCGAGACAAAGGAAAAUGGAGAAAUUCAUAGCAACGUUCCUUCUCGCAUGAAAAGAAAAACUUUUGUUACUCUCAAUACAAGUCAAGGUUCGUUAAAGGUAAAAAGACAUGAUGUUAUACUAACGAAUCCUGAAAAAGAAGGGUCGGAACAAGGGGAAGGUGAAACUUCAUGUCAUCACAUCACCAUUAUUGAGGAAUCAGAGACUGGAACUCAUGAAGAAGACGCAGAAAAUGCCCCACAAAGUUUAGAGGAUGGUGGUCAAUCUACUGUAGACGAGCUAAAAGAGGUGAACCUUGGUACAAUAGAGGAACCACGUCCGACUUUCAUUAGUGCGUCCCUCUCUAACGAAGAGGUGGAUAAAUAUAUGAGUUUGCUCACCGAAUACAGGGACAUCUUUGCGUGGUCGUACAAGGAGAUGCCAGGACUUGACCCAAAAGUAGCAGUCCAUCAUCUUGCAAUUAAACCCGGAUAUCGACCGAUUAAACAAGCACAACGACGUUUUCGACCGGAGCUUAUCCCUCAAAUCGAGGUGGAAGUCAACAAGUUGAUCGAAGCAGGAUUCAUUCGCGAGGUCAAAUAUCCAACGUGGAUAGCAAACAUUGUCCCUGUUAGAAAAAAAAAUGGACAACUUCGCGUUUGUGUAGACUUUCGCGAUCUGAAUAAUGCAUGCCCUAAAGAUGAUUUUCCCUUGCCCAUCACCGAAAUCAUGGUUGAUGCAACUACUGGACACGAGGCGUUGUCGUUUAUGGAUGGGUCGUCUGGAUAUAAUCAAAUACGGAUGGCCCUCUCAGAUGAAGAAAUGACAGCUUUUAGAACUCCAAAGGGAAUAUACUGUUACAAGGUGAUGCCCUUUGGAUUGAAAAAUGCUGGCGCUACUUAUCAACGUGCCAUGCAGAAAGUGUUUGAUGAUAUGUUGCACAGGUAUGUUGAAUGUUAUGUUGAUGAUCUUGUAGUCAAAACAAAGAGACGACAAGACCAUUUGAAGGAUCUAAAAGUCGUGUUUGAUCGCUUGCGAAAAUAUCAGCUAAGGAUGAACCCUCUCAAGUGUGCGUUUGGUGUAACUUCAGGAAAAUUUCUUGGCUUCAUUGUAAGGCAUCGAGGGAUCGAAAUAGACCAGUCCAAGAUUGAUGCCAUUCAGAAGAUGUCAAGACCUAAAAGUUUGCAUGACCUAAGAAGUCUCCAAGGACGAUUGGCUUACAUCCGAAGGUUCAUCUCUAACUUGGCCGGUCGGUGUCAACCUUUUCAAAAGUUGAUGAGAAAAGGAGAAAAUUUUGUGUGGGAUGAAGCUUGUCAGAACGCUUUUGAUAGCAUAAAGAAAUACUUGCUUACUCCCCCAGUGCUGGGAGCUCCAGUACCUGACAAACCACUAAUAUUGUACAUUGCUGCACAAGAAAGGUCCUUAGGAGCAUUACUGGCACAAGAAGAGGUAAAGGGAAAGGAGCGUUCUCUCUAUAUCUAA